UGUCCUUGGACCUGCAUCGCCAACCUGCUGCGUCCAUCAGCAAUCCCAAGCACCACCUCGAUCUGUCUUCCUGCCAUCCGUAUCUUGCGGCUGGCUACAUUUACAUCUGUUGAUCUAUCUUGUUUGAUCUUGGACUUUCCGUCUUCCCCUCCCCACAUGCCCGAGAAAAAAGCCGUCGCGCCUCAAUGGUGGUUUGGUGGCGCCGCUGCCGCAAUUGCCGCUUGCUUUACUCAUCCCCUGGACACGAUCAAGGUCCGUCUCCAGACCGUCACCGGCAACGGCAGCAUUGCCACGGUGAUUGUGGACUCGUUCAAGAAAGAAGGCCCGUUUGGGCUCUAUGGAGGUCUCUCGGCCUCGCUCCUGCGACAGGGCACCUACUCGACGGCCCGGUUUGCCGUCUAUGACGGCAUCAAGCUGAAGCUCCAGCCAGAUCCCAAGGUCCCUCUGACCUACAGCGAAAACAUCCUUGCCGGCAUUGUCGGUGGUCUCAUUGGAGGCCUCUGCGGCACUCCGGCCGACUUGGUCAAUGUGCGUAUGCAAAAUGACGGCAAGCUCCCCGUCGAGAAGCGCCGUGGCUACAAGAAUGCCUUCCACGGCUUGUACCGAAUCGCCAAGGAGGAGGGCCCGGUAGCGCUCUUCCGUGGCAUGGGGCCGAAUCUGUACCGAUCCAUGGCCAUGACGGCGAGUCAGGUCGGAAGCUACGACAUCUUCAAGAACGAGCUCCUGUCCACCGGCUAUUUUGUCGACAACAUAUACACGCACUUCACGGCCAGUCUCUUGGCUGGCUUGGUGGCCACGACGGUCUGCUCGCCGUUUGAUGUCGUCAAGACUCGGAUGAUGGCCUCGUCCACUGGAGCGAACAAGGGAAUGAUGGGCGUCACCAUGCACAUUUUUAGAACGGAGGGCCCGCUGGCCUUCCUCAAGGGCUGGAUUCCAUCGUAUACCCGACUCGGUCCCCACACCAUCCUUACGUUCCUGGCGUAUGAGAAAAUCAAGGAGGUUUACUCGCACCUCGCUGCCUAAUUGCCGCCAGAGCCCGCCCAGUCCACGUAUACUCUGGGCCGACUGGAGAUGACUCUUGCCCACGAUUUCGCAUGGACCCUCACCCCCCCCCCGCUCUGUUCUCUUGCGGUUGCAUUGCACCGACUCACUCAGCAUGCAAGAUAGAUAUCUCUGCACCUCGUUCUUCGCGCCAAAAGCCCCAC